AUGUCGUCUGUUCAGGAUACUUUAGGACGGCAAUUCGCAACUCUACUUCGUGCACAAUAUCCUCCUUUCAUUUUCGUUAGAGACCUGUCUGCAGCGGAUGUUGCCUGCUCCCUGUUGAGAAGCAUACUUGAAGCGGACAUUCAAGCAAAGCCUGAAGCAGAACGGAAACCGUUGUACGCGAUCAUCGACUGCAUUGCAUGCUUUAACGCACGGCUCCUCUUCGACUCGAUUUUAAUUGCGCUUAUUAACUGUCUACCGACAUCCGAAUGCACUGCCAAGCAGGAAUUGUUCACGACGCAACGAAAUGAGACCUUUGAUGACUUCCUUCAUAAUAUUCGGCUAUUAUUCCCUGGCUCUAGUUUCCCAUCCUCAUCACUUGGUAGUGGAAGCAUUGAGCCUGUAAAGAUCGUCCUUAUAUUUAAACAAGCUGAGAGGCUCAAGGAUACACUUCCAAGAUUUGUCCAUCCCUUGUCUAGACUUCAAGAACGGACCAGACAAAACAUCACUACAAUAUUCAUAUCUGACACCGCAUGGGAAACAAUUAGCCCUGUUGCUGGCGCUUUGCUUGAUCCGUAUAUGAUCGAUGUGGAUCCACUCGACGGACGACAGAUUAUAGAAGGGAUAUGCCAGAGAUUCCCGACGGAUAUCCCAUCCAAUACCAUAUCAAUGUAUAACCCGUCUCUUGAGGGCCUGUUCCGGCAAUUUGUAGAAACAGUGUACAAUGUAUGCUCGCCAUUUAUUUCUAGCCCGGUUGAACUUGGUUACAUUGUGGCUGCUCGGUGGCCCGGCUUUGUUGCACCCGUGUUAGAAGACUGGAGGUAUCAAUACGAUGAUCCUUACGCUGCACCAUCAGAGGAAGCGCGCUUACGACUAAUGCGAUUGUUUAAUUCUUCUCUUAUGCAUGCUGUGGAGAAUCUAUAUCCACGAAGCAUGAAUCGGACUGAAUGGAGCACUGCCAAUUCGUUUCCUGAGGGCUUUCGACUCUCACAAUCGCUGGGCGCUCAGUUGCCUUCCGGGACUAAUUCAGCCGCUGAAGCAUCAGCUGCAAUACCGUCACUGGCCGUGAACUCAAUGUUCAUCGUGGUCGCAGCAUUCCUAGCGUCAUACAAUCCACCAAAGACAGAUUAUCGGAUGUUUGGCCGAGGAGUGGAUGAAAAGUCGCGGAGAAGGCGCAAAGGAGGUGGAACACGGAAGACUAAGCCUGGUACUGUUGCAAGACUUCCGCAACGACUUAUUGGACCCACUGCAUUCUCGUAUGACAGACUCAUCGCUAUCCUUGGUUCCUUGCUACGAGAAUAUGGCGACUUAAAUCAGGUUGGCCAGUCGGUCGAGGAUGUGUCAGAAUUGAAGGCAGAGGUAGACGUUUACCGGGUUCAAACAUCAGCAACGAUACGAGAACUUGUCUCGAUGCAUCUGCUGCAUCAUUCUACCGCCCAAGAAAAGUUGGAUGCUCCAACCUACAGAUGUGGAAUAGGGUAUGAUCAGGCACUUUCUCUGGCAAGAAAGUUAGGAAUCCCACUUACCGACUUGCUGUGGGAACCAAACUAGAUAGUUGUCCGUUGUCUUUCGCUUUGAUUUUGACCUUGUAUUUUUGACAUGUUGGCGAGAUUCUACAGGC